GAGCUCCCAAGCCGAGCAGAACAUUAGUGAAAGGAUUAAUAAAGUGACUGGAGGUAUUUCUUGAUCUCCGAAAACAAAAAGAAUGAUGGCGGCUGCACAGGCUGUUAAAGCCGUGAUGCUGGUGAUGACUGUGGCGGUCUGUAGAGCGGUGCCCCCCACUGCACCCAGCCAAGAGGAGCUCUCCAAAGCCCAGAACUAUCUGUCUGAGUUUUUCUCAGAUGUGGGGGUCAGCGCUCCCGACACUGUCCGGCGCAGCUCUCUGGACUCUUUUGAAGACACUCUCAGAAAAAUGCAGGGGUUUUUUGGCCUGGAGGUGACGGGGCAGUUGGACACCAACACUCUGGCAGUGAUGGACCGCUCUCGCUGUGGCGUCACCGAUGUGGCCAGAUAUGGCUACUUUGACGGCCAACCAAAGUGGGACAAGACUGUCAUCACAUACAGAAUAACUCAGUACACACCAGACUUGAGUCAAAGUGAUGUGGAUGCCACCAUCGCCAACGCGCUGAAGCUCUACAGUGACGUCAUCCCUUUGGAUUUCAAACAGAUCGACAGCGGCACUGCUGACAUCAUGAUCCUGUUCAAGCCUCGAGAACAUGGAGAUUUCGCUCCAUUUGAUGGAGAGGGUGGGGUCUUGGCACAUGCAUAUUCACCUGGUGAAGGUCAUGGAGGCGACACCCACUUUGAUGAAGAUGAAAACUGGACUCUAACCUCAGCAGGAUCAAAUCUGUUCUUGGUGGCUGCCCAUGAGUUCGGCCAUGCACUGGGAUUAGCCCACUCUCAGGUCCAGACCGCCCUGAUGCAUCCCACCUACCAGUAUGUGAACACAGUGGGGUACAAGCUGCCAGAUGAUGACAGGCAGGGAGUGCAGGCUCUCUAUGGUGUCAGAGUAUCAUCAGAUCAGCCCACAGCUAAACCAAAGCCACCACCCAGGCCAGAACCAGAGCCUGUUCCAGACAGGUGCAAUAGGAACCUGAUUUUUGAUGCUGCAGCAUCCAUCCAGAGGAAUCUCUACUUCUUUAAAGAUGGAUAUUUCUGGAGGAGGAGCAGCUUCUGGGGGGGCAUCAGUACGAGGAAAAUCCCAUCUGUCUGGCCUGGAAUCAGCAAAGUUGAUGCUGCUUAUGAGUAUAAGAGGCAGAACACUGUCAUUUUCUUUGAAGGGGAUCGUUACUGGGGCAUCAGAGGAAACACUGUCCUACCUGGUUAUCCCAAACCUCUCAGCGACUUCGGCUUCCCUUCAUCUGUCACCAAGGUAGACGCUGCUGUUCAUGUGUCAUUUAUAAGCAGAACUCUCUUCUUUGUGGACUACAAGUACUGGAGCUACAAUGAAAGGAGGGGCAAAAUGGAUCGUGGGUUCCCAAAAUUCAUCCACAGAGAAUUCCCGGGGAUUGGCCCGAGAGUAGAUGCUGCUUUUGAGAACGGAGGCUACCUGUACUUUUCAUAUGGAUCCACACAGACAGAGUACCACUACCAACGAAGAAGAGCAAUUAAAACUCGGCUGAACAAGGAAUGGAUGGAUUGCUAAAGAAGAAAAGAACCAAACACACACACACACGCAUACACACAACUGUAAGCAUGCUCAGAGAAGUUAUUCUGACUGUAGCUUAUUGCAGCUUUUUUAAAAAUAGAAAUAUGCAGGAAAUAAACACAUAUAACACUCUUUUAACCAUGCCACGGGGAGCAACUGCUUGUUGUGGUGUUCAUUGCUUUUACUUGGACAUGCAAUAAUUACCAUGGUUUAUUAAAGCUUGAUAAGUGAAAACAAAA